AGGUCUACAUGUUAUGUCAUUGGUAGUAAUCCAGGAGACCUAUAACCAAUAAACAUUUAUAGGAAAACUUAGAAUUUAGUCUCAAAGUCGACAACAAUCAGUGAGGGAAUGUUGCAAACAACAAUUUACUGAAGUACUAUACUUUGACCUCAGUGUGGUGACCAACAGAACAGAACUAACAGAGAAAAUGUUUCUGCAUCAGGGCCAAAGCACUGCAUCACUUCUCAGAUGUGCUCAAGUAAUACUCAUCAUGACAAGUAAACUGAAACUUGAUGUUCCCUUUGAAUGGGUACAAAAAGUACACACACACACACACACACACACACAGCUUAGUGCAUAGAAUUUAAAGUAAACACAGACGAUUCAUCUUUGUAUCGAGUUUCUCUUGCUGUACAACAUCUUGCAUCAACAUUUACUUUAAACUAAGGCCUGCACUGCUCUUUAAAGGAGAGGACAGAACUGUGUCUUUGUCAAAAAAAAUGCUAAACUUCUAAUUGGAAAUACCUUUUUAUAGAGCUUAAUUCUCACCUCUGAUGAGCUCAUUAUCUCCCUCUGAGGCCCGAAGGAAGAAAACUCAAAACAGCCACAAGGGGCAGCAAUGAGUCCAGUCCGCACAAAGCCAGACCAGUUUACCAACACUGACAAGCCCUUGAACUGCCCACAAUCAGGGCAGUUAUUAAUUAAAUUGGUGUUUUUUUUUAAUGCAUGGCUUAAUACACAACAACAUAACAUUAUAACUGGUGCUUGUUGUAUGUUUAAAGCAGGUGUAUCUUGAGCAACAAUGACUUCCUGGUAUGUGGUGGGUCUGGUUCUCGGGCGAGGCGGUGCAGCUGUGCCUUCCUAUAUAAGAGUAAACAACUGAGCAGAAGAGGCAGGACUCUGUCAGUGAACCCUGCAGCUGCAGUCGCUCAUACUGAAGGCGUUUGCUGUUGUGAUCUUUGUUCUUGUUUUUUCAUUUUAAAGUGGCAUGAUAGUUGGGAGCUUUUUUCUGACUUAUGGAAGAACAAAAGGACUUUGCUUUCAAAACACAAACUUUUGUAAUACCUGAAACCUGACGUUGGCCGGAUCUGCCAUGAAGGGACAUGUGACUGAUAGUUUGUAAUUUUUAGGAUCUGUUAAAUCAGAACACGAACAGGAGCUGCUUUGUGUUUUUUCUGAUUGAUCGGCGCUUUUGUUCCUCAGACUUUGUUGAUCCUAAACAUUGAUCAUGGUUGGUUUAACAACUGCAGAUGUGGCCCCAACAGCUGGUGUCAAGAUCUUUUCAGCCGGAGCAGCCGGCUGUGUGGCCGAUCUGGUCACUUUCCCUCUGGACACCGCCAAAGUCAGACUGCAGAUUCAAGGUGAAUGCAGACCCUCACUGGAGGUCCAGAAGAACAGGUACAGAGGUGUGUUUGGCACCAUCCUCACUAUGGUGAAGACGGAGGGCCCGAGGAGUCUGUACAGCGGCCUGGUGGCAGGACUGCACAGACAGAUGGGCUUCGCCUCCGUCCGCAUCGGCCUGUAUGACACCAUGAAGCAGUUCUACAGCAGAGGGUCGGAGAGUGCAGGUCUCGGGACUCGGCUGCUGGCGGGCUGCACCACGGGGGCCAUGGCGGUGACUUUCGCUCAGCCCACUGAUGUGGUAAAAGUCAGGUUCCAGGCUCAGGUGCGCCUGCCUGAGAGCGGCUCGGUGAAGAGGUACAGCGGCACGAUGGAUGCCUAUAGGACCAUCGCAAGGGACGAGGGCAUUAAAGGGCUCUGGAAAGGCUGUCUGCCAAACAUAACUCGCAAUGCCAUUGUAAACUGCUCCGAGCUGGUGACAUAUGACAUCAUCAAGGAGCUCAUCCUGAAGAACGACCUGAUGACAGACAACAUGCCGUGUCACUUCACCGCAGCCUUUGCAGCAGGUUUCUGCACUACCAUCGUGGCAUCUCCAGUGGAUGUGGUUAAAACACGCUAUAUGAAUUCAGUGCCAGGGCAAUACAGCGGUGCUAUGAACUGUGCAAUUACCAUGCUGCUUAAUGAGGGGACCACCGCUUUCUACAAAGGAUUCAUGCCGGCGUUUCUUCGUCUGGGCUCCUGGAACAUUGUGAUGUUUGUGAGCUUCGAGCAGAUAAAAAGAGCUGUGGUCAGAUUUCAGCUCUGAUCUGUCUGACAGCUGGUUUAGCAGCAGAAGACGAGACUGUCUGCAUAAAGAAGCACGUGUUUCAGAGAGACGGUGUUGUUGCGACGGCUGCAUGUCCGGACCUGCUCCUCCUCAGGGAGCAAACUACACAUGCUGCUUUAUUU